UCAAUACGACGACUCUUUCCUCUCCCUUUCCUUACAUCGCGAUCCAUCUUCUCCUCCCCUGUUCAGCCCUAAAUCCACGUCGACACAAACGGAGAGCGACUGUUAUUCUUCAUCAACUCAGACGGAUCGAUCAUCAACAAAAAGACGAUGAGCUUUCAGUGAAUUUCUUUGCAACAUAUAUAAAUUUUGAUCAAAAGGGAUCAUCUUUUCUCACAUUGCAAAGGGAGAAACAGCACAAUCCGAAGUUUAUUCAUCCUAUCAAGGUGUUUUAUUAUGGUCUGGCAUUAUCUUACAUUUCAGAGACUGUUGAAUGAAGCUCAACCCUUUAUUCUCACCUGAAAAGAGAGAUUGAUUGAUUACCUGUAGAAGAAGAAGAAGAAAAGAUGAUGGUUGGCUCUUUAUAGAACUGGAAGGAAACUUGUCAUAACAGAUAACAGUGUUGUUUUAUUCUAUAUCGACUGAAAUGGCAUUAUCGGAACAAACUGAGGAUUAUCUUUUCAAGAUUGUCUUGCUCGGUGAUUCAGCUGUUGGAAAAUCAAAUUUACUUGCUAGAUUUGCAAGAGGUGAAUUUUACCCCAAUUCAAAAUCAACAAUUGGGGUGGAGUUUCAGACUCAAACAAUGAGUAUAAAUGGGAAGGAAGUUAAGGCACAGAUCUGGGACACUGCUGGUCAGGAACGGUUCAGGGCUGUCACGUCUGCAUAUUAUAGAGGCGCAGUUGGUGCUCUUCUGGUAUAUGAUAUUAGCCGACGACGAACAUUCGAUAGCAUUGGCAGAUGGCUCAAUGAGCUUCAGAUUCACUCUGACAUGAAUGUGGUCACGAUACUCGUCGGUAACAAGUCGGAUCUUAAAGAUGUGAGAGAGGUGACCACAGCUGAAGGGAAGUCAUUGGCAGAAGCAAAAAGCUUGUUUUUCAUUGAAACAUCAGCCCUUCAUUCCUCAAAUGUAACUGCAGCUUUCCAGACAGUUGUAAAAGAGAUUUACAAUAUUUUGAGUCGAAAAGUGAUCCAGUCGCAAGAGCUCAAGAAGCAAGACCUUUCAUGGACAGGGAAUGGAGGGACAGUAAUCUUGAAGGGGGAAAACGGGGAGGAAGAAGCGCCUAAAACCGGUGGGUGCUGUUCUUAGACAUAUAUAUAUAUAUAUAUAUAUAUAUAUAUCAUAUGGAUUGGGAAAGAAACACUUUUCUUUCCUCCUUCAAUGUAAUAGAAGAUCUUGCCACUGUAAAAUGUCAAAUGGAUGGGAGCCUCUUUGGCCUUGUAUUUUUUUGAAUUCAUUUUUGUUGAAUUUAUUAUUUCAUGGAUGUUUGUAGAAACUGGAGUAGAAAUUGUACAUGACUGGAGGAAUGGUCUUUGUAAUUGCAUCCUUGUUUGUUACAACAUUGUGUUGUUUGGUUGAAAUAACAGUCAAGAUUGAGAAACAAA